AACUGAGGAGGUAAAUGUGUGACUAGCUUGCAAAAUGGCAACUGGGAAGAACACACUGCUGCUGUCCUUGAUUCUCGCUGCCGGGGUCACAGCUCUUAUAGCUACUGGACAAAACACAGAGCAACCAGAAGUGGUGACCAAAUAUGGGAGAGUCCGAGGCAACCAAAUCAGAGUAAAUGCAGCUGAGAGGAGCGUCAGUGUUUUUUUGGGACUUCCUUUUGCUAAGCCUCCUGUUGGACCAUUGAGGUUUUCUGAACCCCAGCCACCUGAGCCAUGGAACGGUGUCAGAGAUGCCACUUCCUACCCACCAAUGUGUCUACAGGAUAAAGUACAAGGACAGAUUUUGUCAGACCUUGUUACUAAUAGACAAGAAAAAGUUCCUCUCCAAAUGUCUGAAGACUGCUUGUAUCUAAAUGUGUACACACCCACUUCUGCAGAAAAACAGGAGAAGCUACCUGUCUUUGUAUGGAUCCACGGAGGUGGGUUAGUUUUGGGAGCAGCUUCAUCAUAUGAUGGUUCAGCAUUAGCGGCCUUUGACAAUGUGGUGGUUGUAACAAUUCAGUACAGAUUAGGUAUUCUUGGAUAUUUUAGCACUGGUGAUGAACAUGCCAGGGGUAACUGGGGUUAUUUGGAUCAAGUAGCAGCUCUUCAGUGGAUUCAGGAAAAUAUCCUAAAUUUUGGAGGAGAUCCAGGAUCCGUCACUAUCACUGGAGAAUCUGCAGGAGCAGUCAGUGUUUCUGCCCUUGUCAUAUCUCCUCUGGCGAAGGGCUUGUUCCAUAAGGCCAUCUCAGAGAGUGGUACUGCAGUUAGGAUUUUGUUCACUGAGCAUCCUGAGGAGCAAGCACAAAGAAUUGCUACUGCAGCUGGUUGUCAGAUAUCCAGUUCAGCUGCAAUGGCUCAGUGCUUAAAAGACAAAACAGAAGAAGAGCUAGAACAAAUAACUCUGAAACUGGAUUUCACAAAGCUGCAGUUAUGCCAUACCUCAUUUGAAAAAUGUGAACAGCAUCCUCAGUUCAUCAGUGCAUCUGUGGAUGGUGUAUUUUUUCCUAAGAGUCCCAGGCAAUUACUGUCUGAAAAAGUGAUCAAUGCAGUCCCAUAUAUAAUAGGAGUAAAUAACGAUGAAUUUGCAUGGAUACUUCCUAGAAUGAUGAAAUUUCCUGAUUUCGCAGAAGGUCUGGACAAAGAUGUUGCACGUCAAGUUUUACAGAACACAUUACUAUUUCCUUUAAUGGGUAUGAUUGCUGAUUUUGUUGAUCUAGUAUACAAUGAAUACAUAAGGGAUUUAGAGAACCGUAUUCAGGUGCGAGAUGGGCUUCUUAAUGCAGUAGGAGACUUUUUUUUCGUUUUUCCAGCCACUGAAGUAGCUAGAUACCAUAGAGAUGCUGGCAACCCAGUCUACUUUUAUGAAUUUCAGCAUCGAUCAAGUUCAGCUGCAGGUGUUGUACCGGAGUAUGUAAAAGCAGACCAUGGAAAUGAGAUUGCCUUUGUCUUUGGAAAGCCAUUUUUAGCCGGAAAUGCUACAGAAGGAGAAAAUAAACUUAGCCGAACGAUUAUGAGAUACUGGACUAACUUUGCUAGAAAUGGAAAUCCCAAUGGAGAAGGCUUGGUGCAUUGGCCGCAAUAUGAUCUGGAUGAAAGAUACCUGGAAAUAGACCUAACGCAAAAGGCAGCAAAGAAAUUGAAAGAAGACAAAAUGAAGUUUUGGUCACAGAUCACAAAGCAAACCAUGACAGAAAGGACAGAACACACAGAUUUGUAAGAGUGGCAGAGGAUGUGAUUUGCUUUUAAAACCUGAAGUACAGCCAAACCAAAUUAGUUUGUCAGAAUGCAGAAUUUACUAAUCAGUUUCUAACUCACUGUUAUGUAAUUUGUUGUCAUGAUCACACUGACAGGAGAGAAUCAAGGGAAAUUUGGAAUGUUCAUGGGACUAAAAAUCAGUAUUUAAUGAAGGAAGUGGAAAAAAAAAAAACAAUCUUUCAGAUGCAAACAGACCAUAGUAUCUAUGCAGUGGCUAUCAAAACUGAAUAAUUCUCCUGAGAGAAGGGGGAACAGGAAGAAAAUUGGCUAAGACAUUGAAAUUCAUAAGAAAUUAUCUAUGCAGAAUGUGUCAUAAAUAGCAGAAUAUGUCAUAUAUUCAUUUCCCUCUUCUCUCAGAACAGACUCCUCAGUUGUCAUUCCGGCUUCCACUUUGUUUACUGGAAAAGCUUGUAGGGAGCAGAGCAAUAUUCAGUCCUAUGAUAAAAAUAUCUGUGCGACAGCCUCAACAUCUCACAAAUUAGGACAGAAAUUCUCUAUUUUCUUGUUUUAUAAAAUGUAAUAAAUAAAUGUUACUUCUGUUUUGU